CUCCCAUCAUCAUCACAAUUUUCACCCUCCGCGUGGAGCGCUCUUCUCCAGAUGUGAUAUCAUCACGUAGAAACACACCACCUAUGAAUCCGCCUUUUUAACUCUCUCUGUCUCCGUGUUUGAUUGCUCUCCAUACGAUAUCUCCAUCUCUCGCACUGUCCCCUCUGUGUCAUUGCUGUAUUGUCGCCAUGUCUGAAAGAGACACGCUCCCAGACGUCGAAAAAGCCGAUGGAGAGCAAGGCAGAGGGCGCCGAGCCGUGAAACUUGAAUCAAAUCCGGCCAGAAAAGAGCACGCGGAUACCGCGGAGGCUUACACGCACCCGAACCGACGCCGCUCCUCGGCUUCAACCAGAAUCGAGAAGGCUGGCGAGAAUGGGGAUGUGGAGAUUGUGGAUUGGAACGGGCCCAACGACCCUGAGAAUCCAUUCAAUUGGUCGAAAAAGAGAAAGUGGCUGAUCACCAUCACCACGUGCUUCAUUUCUAUUCUCACUGGUCUGCCUGCGGGUGCCUACGGUGGCGGCAAUGACCAGAUGGAGAAGCAGUUUAACAUCAGUGAAGACAACUUCCCUUGGCUGUUCUGGGCUACGACGUCCUGGAAUAUCGGCGCCGCUGUGUUCCCCUUGGUUUUCGUCCCGCUCACUGAGCAGACCGGACGGAUGCCUGGGUACUUUGCUUCCUACAUUCUUUUCCUCAUCUGGCUGCUCCCUUCCGCUUUCGCCCCGAACUUCGCCACUCUGAUUGUCACGCGCCUGUUCGGCGGUGGCGCUUCCUCAGUCUCCAUCAACAUUGUAGGAGGUACGAUUGCAGACGUCUGGAAAGGAGACCGCGCGCGCAGCAUUCCCAUGUCCAUCUUCGGCAUGACGUCCGUUAUCGGCAUUGCCCUGGGUCCAUUCAUCGGCUCCGCUAUCGCAGCCAACAUGAACUGGCGCUGGAUCUACUACAUCCAACUGGCCUUUGACGGCGGCUGCUUGCCGCUCUUCUGGUUCAUCCUCAAGGAAACGCGCGGCGACGUGAUUCUUCGGGCGCGGGCAAAGAAGCUGCGCAAGCAGGGCCGGACGAACUGCUACGCCAAGUCGGAACUGGACAAGACAUCGCUGAUGACCUCGCUGAAGAUCUCAUUCAUGCGGCCGACCAAGAUGCUGGUUACGGAAUGGGUUGUGUUCUCGUUCACGGUGUGGAUCUCGUUCGCAUGGGGCAUUCUAUUCCUGUUCCAGUCGUCAAUCGUGCAGACCUUCAGCACGAACUACGGCUUCGGGGUGCUGCAAACGGGGCUGAUCCAACUAGCCAUCAGCGCGGGCGCCGUCAUCGGCACCAUCAUUAACCCCGUCCAAGACAUGCUGUACCUGCGCAGCGCGCAGCACAACAAGCAGCGGCCCGGCAAGCCGAUCCCAGAAGCGCGGCUGUACUUCUCCGUGCCGGGCAGCCUGCUCUUCACCGCCGGUCUGUUCUGGUACGGCUGGUCCAGCUACCCCCACGUCCACUGGAUCGUGCCCACGCUGGGCGUCGGCUGCGUCGGCCUCGGCAUCUACAGCAUCUACCUCGCCGUGGUCAACUACCUGGCCGACGCAUACGAGAAAUACGCCGCGUCGGCACUCUCGGCCGCCUCGCUCGGCCGCAACGCCUUCGGCGCCUUCCUGCCCCUCGCCUCCCAGAGCCUGUACACGAACCUGGGCUUCCACUGGGCCAGCAGCUUGCUCGGCUUCAUCGGCCUCGUGCUGAGUCUCGCCCCCGUGCUGCUCCUGUUCCGUGGCGAGGAGAUCCGCAAGCGCAGCCCGUUUAUGCGCGAGAGCACGUUUGACGACGAGGAGUCGGAGAGUCGCCGCUCCAGCUACGACCAGUUCCACUCGAGUAGGAGCAGGAGUCGUGGCAAGUCCGGCGCUGAGAAGGAGCACUAUCCUGGUAAUACGCUGGCGUCGGGCGGCGUCGGCGCGCGGCAGGAUGUUUGAGUGUGGUUGUGAAUGGUUUUGAUAAUGUUGAUGAUGAUGAUUCGUUCUUCACGCCUUUGACGAGAUAUUCGGUUUUAGUCUUCGAUUUUGUAGGAUAUUUUCGGCCGUAGGUUUUUGUGUUGGCGUUGUUUUGGAUGGAUGAUGAUGAUGGGUUUGGAUCAGAUCGAAUUUGCAUAAUGCUGAGAGAUGGGUCUCAGUAUGCAAAAUUUCUUGUACAUGUAGCAGCAUGGUUGUACUAUGAUUGUUGUACAGACUAGGCGCGAUUUGUAUAUCUACUUGUAGGGAAAUCUCUGGUCAAGCACAUUCAAGGUUUAUUUCGUCUUUCUAAAAGUAACUCAAAGUAAAACGAGC